UUGAGCAGAUUUUUAUUAGAACAGUUCGUAUCGUGAGACUGAUGAUUUAAACGAACAGGUACUAGAUAUCUAUAAUGAAUCUAUCGAGGUUUAUUUUUCUUCUUUCCAUCUCCAUAUCACUAAUCCUGAUCGGAAUCGAAGCGACUAUCACUGAAGUUUCCAGUUCUAAUGCAGUAACAGAUGGCAACACGAACCAAUACCAACCACUUUACGUCGUCAGGAAAAUAAAUAGAUACAAUUUCGUGGAUCAGGCCACUUAUGAUUUGGUAAUGGAUCAACAGAUUCAGAUGCAGUCAAACUCUGAAGCAUCGAGUGAUAGGGAUACACUUCUCGCAGCAUGUUCGAAAAAACCAACAGACGAUAGACUUCUGGAGAUAAUGCCCACGGAUGAAAAACGAAUAGUCGAUGGGUAUCGUUGCGAAGAACCUGUUGAAUUCUUCGUAGCGCCUAGAUCUAAAGGGGAUUUUGUAAAUUAUUUAAUUGGUUUUAUGAUUUACGAUCAUACGAGUGGAAUGAGCUCCGCAAACAAUAUCCUUGUUUCAGGCAUACCGACAACAUAUUUUCCAAUAAGUUUGAUAAAAGUAACGCUCGAAAAAGUAUUCGCAAGGUACAGCCGCAUCAACACCUGGCACGAUAUUAAAUAUGGUAAUAUGCUUCCAUUUAAUCAACGCUCGCAAAACCAUCAAGAAUACGAGACAGGCACGAGUAUAUUGAUUUACGGAUACGAUAUAGAUGAAGCAUAUAAACCAGAAAACCAGUCAAAGUAUAUCGAAGCAUUCUUCGAAUCGAAAGAAUCGAAGCAUAAACUGGCCAAACUGCAACUGGCUCCUGUGGACGAUUUUUUCUUUGAUGCUUGGAGACGAGCUUCAUUGUGUAAUAUCAACACAAUACCAGUCUGGGAUACGCUAAUUCCAGAAUGGCGUCAAUUGGAGGAAUUUAUAAGACGAGUAGCUGAAUUUGUCGGCGAUUUGCAAAUCAUCACGGGAGGCGCUCUCCCCCACUCGGUUCCCGAUGUCGAAUUUUACAAUCCUCAACAUUCCACAGCUAUGCCGAUAUUUGAAAAAAUUUUCAAAGCAAUCUCGUUCAAUCAGAAACGCAAAGACCACAAAUGGAUUCGUCAAGGAAUAUUAUUUACCAUGGCGAACGAUCCGCGAGAAAAGUAUGAUUCACUGGACGAGUACGCCAUUCAAAACGGUUGGAAAUAUCUAGAAAAUGGAAACGUUAUACCGAGAAUAAGAGCGAAAGUCAUGGAUCCUGAUACAAUGAAGGAAUUAGAUGUUACAAUCAGCUACGAUUACGAGCCUUUCAAUUUAAGUAAGGUGAAGAAAUUAUCUAAAAAUGAAGAUGGCGAGGAGAUCGAGAUCGAAGUUGAUGUGCUUCGAAAAAUAAUGGGCAAAUAUGGUAACAAGGAAGACUCUCCUCCUGCGACAGUCUCAGAAAUUACAGAAGAGUAAAUUUCCUCGUGCUUAUUCAGUUUUCAAUGUACAUUCUGCACAAAAAAUUUUGCUAUAAUAAUGUUG